UGCCGCGCCGGGUGGGACCGGCGGUGCCGCGAGCGUGACCGGAGCCACGACACGACCACCCAACCAGAGGGCCGCGCUAGACAGAAGAUCGGAGCAAUGGCCACCCAACCAGAGGGCCGCGCUAGACAGAAGAUCGGAGCAAUGACCACCCAACCAGAGGGCCGCGCUAGACAGAAGAUCGGAGCAAUGACCAUCCAACCAGAGGGCCGCAUCACACAGAAGACCGGGGCAACGGUACAGAAUCGGAGCAGGCGAGCAGUUUUGUAACGACGAAACGCCAUCACAUCUGGCGGGAAUGCAGCAGCGGCACCAGAGGGUCACAGCGCCGUUGGUGGACGAGUGACCAGCUGGUACAGCCGGCGCCCAAAGGCCCGGCCGGCGCCCAGCGUCCCUCGCGUGCAUAGUGAAUUUUGAGGUGGGAAAAACGCAUGCUGUUCCGUCCGCGUCAUCGCGUUUGCCACAUAGCUUAAACAAGCCAGGUGUGCCGGGUUGCAAUGGAUGUCUCCAGCACAUAGUGUUGAUAAUAACAUCUGGCGGACGAUCCAGUACCAUCGCCGGGCGUAAAGUGCACCGAGUGACGUCACGCGUCGAGGCGACCAGGACACUUGCGCGACCGCAGAGCGAACCUAAACAAGCUGGCCACAGGAGCGACGCUUUUUACCACAAACAGAUAACGCGAUCGAUCGACUCUCCCGUCCGCAUCGGCGCUGGCGGAUCGCUGGCGUGUUCAGUACCGAUGUGUGGCAGGGUGUGGGCGUGCGUCGGCUGCAGCCGGCGACGUCAUUGGCUGCUGCUGAGCGCCGCCGCGCCGCUGCUUUUCUUCCUGCUCUGGCUGGUGUGGUGGCGUCCCGACCCGGCGCUCGUGGCCGUCUUCUACCCUGCCGCCGCUGAGCGCGGGCCUCCUCCUGCGGCCGUCGACUCGGAGCGCUGGCUGACUGUGCCUGUGGCGCCGCCGCUCCCGCCCAACGGCUGUAUCUUCCUGCUGGAGACGUCGGGCCGGCGCCACAUCACUCCGCGCGAGUGGUGCACCGUUGAGUCGGCGGCGUCCGCGCACCCGAGCAUGCUCGUCGUGUUGCUAGCCGCAGCGCCACGCCUGCGCCGCUCCGCGCUCACCGACCGGCUGCUAGAGCGCAAUAACACAAUCCUGGCGCGGCUCGACUUUGGGUCGCUGUUCGCCGACACGCCCUUCGAGCGGUGGUACCAGAGUCGCGCCGUGCUGCGGUCGCCCUGGCCGGUGGUCCACAUGAGCGACGCGGCGCGCAUUGCAGUGCUGUUGCACCACGGCGGCCUCUACCUCGAUACGGAUGUAAUUGUACGCCGCUCACUGGCCGCGCUGGACGAUGGUGCUGGUCUGCAGUCGGAGGGAAUCGUGGCGUCAGGUGUGCUCAAGUUCAGCCGCGACUCGGCCGUGCCGCGGCUGCUGGCGAGCCGCUUGACAGAGGGUUACGACCCGUACAACUGGGGACACAACGGGCCCGGCGUCGUCACCAAGGUGCUCACCGAGGCCUGCGGCCUCCGAGACCCGCCGCUGGCGGCCACCCACUGCGGAAACUACACCAUCUACGGACGGCAGUGCUUUUACGCCAUCCCAUGGAAAAACUGGAGCCUGUUUCUGGAGCUGGACGCGCGGGACGCCGUGCUGGAGCGCGUGAACGGCUCGCACUUGGUGCACACGUGGGGGCGGUUCACGCGCGAGCGCCGCGUGCCGCCCGGCUCCGCGUACCACCAGCUGGCUGAGCAGCACUGCCCCUGGUCGCUGCAGCAGGGCGGGGCCGACUUCUAACCGGUGGGGCAUGUCUUUGGGCUACGUCUGUAAGGCGGAGCUGACGCUUGACUAUAACGAUGGUUUUUUUUUGCCCCUAUUGCAUUCCUCCCCCCCCCCCACCGUCAUAAUUCACAUUCUGGACUGCAGCAAGAGCGGCACAAAAACUCCGGUGGCUCGACGAGAAACAGCAAGAGGACAAGGUAGCAAUGAAGCAGUUUUACGCCAUGAUUCAGCAAUUUGUUUGAUUAUUUUAAGGCUUCAGCUCAACUUGAGUGAAAGCAAACGAUGCUAAUUGUGUAGACAGAUUGCUGUUCUGACGGUACCUCAGCGUGACGACAGGCGCUGAGCAGCGCCUAUUGGCUCGUGGAGCAGCUGCUGGAUUGCCGGGUAUUGGUCGGCCCGAUCUCGGCCAGCAGUACCGCAGCCGUCUUCCGGCUCAUACAAAAGCACAGCUGGUGCUGUUGGGGGUCAGCAGUGCGGCGCUCUUGAACAAUGUUAGCGUACUCGCCGCGGGCUCGGCGGCGAUGGAGAAUCUCCGUCACCCACCCCGGAUGCCGUUUAGUGUGACGCCUUUGUUGCCCCAUCAGAAGCCUGGUUUGGGCUGGGGCGAUGUUGAUCUCCACAGCGACUUGCGCUGUGGAUUUCUUACGUUUGAUGCUUCCAAAAUGUUUCGUGUUUAUGCCUGUUAUUUGUGUUUGUGACCUUGAGUUCUGCUUUAGUAUAUUCUGUUCGGGUUGGCAUUACGAGAAAUACAAGCGGUCGAAUGUUG